AAUAACAAGUGUGUCAUUUCACCUUCAUUGUUGUUUUCGGGUAACUUGUUCACUUUUCCACACGUACACUAAUUCUGUUAUCGAUAUGAGUUGAGCAUUGACCACAUGACCAAAAUGAAGAAAAUAUUCGAUUGUUCAAAGUUUAAUUUCAGGAUAUUUCAAUAUUUUGCGGCUAUCGGAGGGAAUAUGGGCAUGAUAUCGCUGGGAAUGCAUCAAGGAUGGUCAUCCAGAGCCUUGCCGAUCCUGACGAGCGGAAACUAUUCCUUCGAAAUAACUAAUUCCGAAGGCUAUUCUCUAGUAUCGGUGAUGCCUUUGGGUGCGCUACUGGGAGACGUCAUCACUGCCGCAACCCUUCACAAGGUCGGCCACAAUAGAUUCGUCAUCAUCGCGACUUUACCCUUGUGCAUCUCGUGGAUAUUGAUGGCCUUUGCUCCAUCAGCAGCCUUCAUGUUCGUCGGAAGAUUUCUGGCGGGAAUAGCAGAUGGCCUGUACUUCACGGCUUUCCCUCCAUACUUGGCAGAAAUCGCCGAGCCAGAGAUCAGGGGCUUUUUGGGGUCGACAUACUCGUUGUCCACGGUGCUGGGGAUGCUGCUGAUAAACACCUUUUUCUUUUUCGGGUCUUUGACCUCUGUGGCCGUUAUAGGAGCUCUAAUCAGCCUAAUGACGUUGUUGUUUCUUCCGUUUCUGCCGGAAAGCCCCUACUUUUACUUGAUGAAUAAGGAUGUUCUGGCCGCCAAGGCAAGUCUCCAGAAGUUUAACGGCAGAGGUGAAGUUGUCGAAGAGCUGUACCGAAUCUCCAAGGGGAUCAUGGAGGAGGGGGACGACAAAGAAACUCUGGGAGAUUUGUUCUGCAACAAGACUUACAGAAAGAGUUUCCUCAUAGCGCUGAUGGUGUGUCUGUCGCAGUUUUUGAGCGGUUCCAUGGCCAUUCAGUCGUACGCCACGAGCAUAUUCGAGGAAAGCAGAAGUUUUCUAUCGGCAGAUGUCGCCACCAUCAUCUAUUUCGUCACGUUCUUCGUCUCGUCUUUGUUUUCCCAAAUGGUCGUCGAUUACAGUGGUAGAAGGCCUUUGAUGCUGGUGUCUCUCGGUAUGGUUGCCUUGAUGGUGUUUCUUGAAGGGACAUAUCUCUACAUCAAAGCCGCUACAAACAUAGAUACUUCAGGAUUCGACUUCGUACAGUUGUUUUCCAUAGUCGUAUACACGGUGNAUAAACAGGAUAUUUCUUCAUAA